AUGCCUGUACCUCACAAGCCUCAGCUCAGUCUGCAAAGGCAUCACAGCGAACCUCUUCUUCCAAGUCACGGUGUCCUUUCGAGUCGGCACCGGCUCUUCUACAACAUCAUCGAUGCCGACAAGUAUUUGAGCUGCGUUUGCCGCGCCUGUCAAGAGCCGAGAGUGAAGUCAGUCUGUUCCUGUCCAGUCAAUCCUUCCGUCUAUCAAACGCAUCGCUUUCUUCCGCGUUGGCACGGCAACACAUGUCCGUCAGAACGACAUCAUGCAGCUGGCCAUUCAACGUGUCUUGAUGACUUUACAAAUCAUUGCAGUCUGCACAGGACAGGUUAUCGUAGCCGCGUCGUCUGGCGUCACGGUUCCAAGCGUUUGACGAAGAAGACGGAGACUGCAUUCGCAGGAGAUCAAAGGUAA